AUGCUAAAUGAGGAGCAGCGAUACUAUGAUGGUCAAGAAGGUGCCUGCGGGUGUGGUACUUCCUCCGGUGCUUAUCCCUGGCAGCUAGGCAUAAGCAGCGGUGUCUACACAGCUGCAGGCUCACAAGCCCUAUUUGAUACUGGCGGUGCGUCCUGGUGCGGCGCAGGAUGUGGCAAAUGCUACAACCUAACCUCGACGGGCAACCCUCCUUGCACUGGUUGCGGGACGGGUGGAGUGGCCGGCAAAAGUAUCAUUGUCAUGACCACCAACCUCUGCCCGUAUAAUGGCAAUCAACAGUGGUGUCCGCAGGUCGGUGCGACAAAUAGCUACGGGUACAGCUAUCACUUUGACAUCAUGGCGAAGACCGAAGUAUUUGGCGACAACCCCGUCGUGAAUUUCGAGCCGGUCGCUUGCCCUGGUCAAGCCACGUCUGACUGGGAGACGUGUGUCUGCUAUGGCUAG